AUGUCGGAACGGAAACGACGUCUUGACAUCGGAGGAUCUUCGAAGUGAGUAUUUGAAUUUUAUUUUUUUUAAAUUUUAGGUAGAGUCGGCACUUUUUGUGGAUUUACACUCAAAGUUUGAAGGAAAACGAAACAGUUUUGAAAUAAAUUGAAGUAGAUCAUGACUGGGCUAGCUUGCACAGACUUUUAGCAUUGUGUUUGGCUUGUUUUGGUAAUGUACUAGUUAAAAAUGGGUUUUUUUGAUAGCAAAUUAACUAAAUUUAACUAUAUAAGUAUCAAUAACAUGAAUUACACUAUUUUAAUUCUAGACGUGAUCGGAGUCGAUCACCUUUGAUCUCAACAGCUGGGUUUGAUGCUCCAGCACCUUUGCCAAUGGAAAAGGAGUCUAAAUCUUCUAAGUUUGCCGAGAAAGCGUCAGAUAUUCCAGCUCCAGGACUUGUAAAUCCUCUUCAACCAAAAAUACGCCAAACGGUGUUAAAUCCUUACAAUGGUAACCCAUUCACUCCUAACUAUUAUUCCAUUCUUGAAAAGCGUACAAAAUUGCCAGUAUGGCAAUAUAAAGAGAAAUUUAUGGAGCUUUUGGACGCGAAUCAAUGUAUAACAUUGGUUGGUGAGACUGGGUCUGGCAAAACAACUCAGAUUCCUCAAUGGUGCACGGAUUAUGUUAAACAUAGGCAUAUACAGGGCAAGAAGAUGAUGGUGGCGUGUACACAGCCAAGACGGGUGGCUGCUAUGAGCGUGGCGACAAGAGUAGCAGAGGAAAUGGAUGUUGCAGUAGGUUUUUUGGUGUUUUUUGUUGAUUUUAGGAUUUCCUCUAUAACAAUGGGUUGUGAACUUUACUUUAUCUUAAAGAAAGCUGAAAAUACUGUAUUACUUCUUUCUAGCUUGGCUCAGAGGUUGGAUAUUCGAUUCGUUUCGAAGAUUGCUGCACAGAAAGGACCUUCCUCAAGUAUUUAACUGACGGUAUGUUGUUGAGAGAAGCGAUGAACUCACCGUUGCUUGAGAAUUAUGGUGUAGUUAUUCUUGACGAAGCUCACGAAAGGACCUUAUCAACCGAUAUUUUGAUGGGAUUGUUGAAAGAAGUGCUCAAGAAUCGACCGGACAUUAAAGUAGUGGUUAUGAGUGCUACGUUGGAUGCUGGAAAGUUCCAAAACUACUUUGACGAUUGCCCAUUGAUGAGUGUACCGGGUAGAACACAUCCUGUGGAGAUCUUUGUAGGUUUUUAUAGGGAGUUUGAGGAUUUUUGACUGGUGUAAUAUAUAAAAAUGAUUUUUUUAAAGGAUAAUAUCCUUGAUUUUUGGUGAUUUUUUUGUUUUUAUAAUUUUAAAUCGUUUUUAAAAUUUUUUAGUGAAUAAAAAGGAUUUUCUUAACACUGUUACACCUUUCUUUACUUUCAGUACACCCCAGAAGCCGAGCGAGACUACCUAGAAGCUGCGGUCCGCACCGUUAUGCAGGUACAUCUGUGUGAAGAGAUCAAAGGAGACAUCUUACUCUUCCUCACAGGUCAAGAAGAGAUUGAAGAAGCCUGUAAGCGAAUUCAACGUGAAAUCCAGAACGUUGGGCCAGAUGCCGGAGCAAUGAACUGCAUCCCACUAUACUCAACAUUACCUCCAAAUCUUCAACAGCGUAUCUUCGAUCCACCGCCAGCUGACAAGCCCAACGGAGGUAUCGGCCGAAAGUGUGUGAUCUCAACCAACAUUGCCGAAACCUCAUUGACUAUUGAUGGUAUUGUGUUCGUGAUUGAUCCAGGGUUUUCGAAACAAAAGGUAUAUAACCCUCGGAUCAGGGUGGAGUCGUUGUUGGUGUGCCCGAUUAGUAAAGCUUCAGCUAUGCAACGUGCUGGCCGUGCUGGAAGGACGAAACCGGGAAAAUGCUUUAGGUUAUACACGGAAAAGGCUUAUAAAAGUGAAAUGCAGGAUCAGACGUAUCCGGAGAUCUUGAGGUAGGUAUUUUGAGUGAUAAAAAUCGUGUUUUGAGCUUGAAAAAUAGUGUUUUUAAAGGAUUUUUGUGUUGUUUUAGGUUGUUUUUUAUCUUAUUAGGGUUUAUAUUGUAAUUUUAGGUAAACUGUUCAUUAUUUCAUAUCUAGAUUGAUCUAUUAUAGUUUGUUUUGUACCUAACCCUACGUUUACUUCAGGUUUUUCAACUUUAAAGCCUAAUAUAACCUCAUUUUAGGUCAAACCUAGGCAGCGUAGUCCUCCAACUCAAAAAACUAGGCAUCGACGACCUUGUCCAUUUCGAUUUCAUGGACCCACCAGCUCCAGAAACCCUGAUGAGAGCCCUAGAAAUGUUGAACUACCUCUCAGCCAUCGAUGACAAUGGAGAUCUAACAGAACUUGGCUCAUUGAUGGCCGAGUUCCCCUUAGAUCCACAACUGGCCAAGAUGUUAAUAUCUUCAACGGAUUUGAAGUGCUCGAAUGAAGUUUUGAGUAUCACAGCCAUGUUAUCAGUACCACAAUGCUUUGUCAGGCCAAAUGAAGCAAAACAAGAGGCGGACGAAGCUAAAGCAAGGUUUGCUCAUGUUGAUGGAGAUCACUUGACGUUACUGAAUGUUUAUCACGCUUUUAAGCAGAGUAGGUUUGGGUUUUGGAUGUUUUUGGUGUAGAAGAGGAUUGUUGUUGAUAAUAUAAAGUUUUUUUGAAGAUUGAAGGAAUUUGUUACCUAAAAUUUUGAAUUUUAAAAUUUUUUUGUACUUUGAAGUUUAGAGUUGAAAAUUUUAAAACAUAAACUUUAAAAUGUUUAAAAUUAAAAAAAAAAGAAAUUUAAAAUAAAAAAAAAUCAUUUUUGAUUAAUUUCAGGCCAAGACGACCCCCAAUGGUGCUACAAAAACUUCGUCAACUACCGUGCCCUCAAGAACUGCGACAACGUUCGAAUGCAACUCUCUCGCCUCAUGGACAAGUACAACUUACCGCGCGUUUCUACUGACUUCAACUCUCGAGACUAUUACCUAAACAUCAGAAAAGCCCUGGUCUGCGGCUUCUUCAUGCAAAUCGCCCAUCUAGAGCGAAGUGGCAACUAUGUCACGGUAAAAGACCACCAACUCGUCUCUCUCCACCCCAGCACCGUACUCGACCACAAACCCGAGUGGGUCCUGUACAAUGAAUUUGUGUUAACAUCGAAGAACUACAUCAGAACAGUGACGGAUGUGAGGCCGGAAUGGUUGUUACAACUGGCACCUUCGUACUAUGAUCUCGACAAUUUUCCUGAGGGCGAAAUUAAAAGAAGAAUGAUUGCGGUUCGACAACGGUUUGUUCGUUAA